AAUGAAGUGUGAUUUGCCAAGCGUCAUAAUGAGGGAAAGAUAAGGCUAGAAAGAUGCUGCCUUGCCUUGCAGACUCAACUGUCUUAGAUUUUUAGCUAGGUUGUUUUAGUCCCUUACAGAGAUGAGACCGAUUUGCUUAUGAAAACAGAAGAUCAGAUUUAAAGGAAAAGCCAUGGCGGUGCCCAUGCUUUGCCUGGUGCUCCUUGUGCUGUGCCUGAGCCACUCAGAUGUGAAUGCCUUCAGUUCCAUUGCUGAAAAUGAGGAUGCACUCCUUAAGCACUUAUUUGAAGGCUAUCAGAAAUGGGUCCGCCCUGUAGAAAACUCCAAUGACACCAUCAAAGUCCUUUUUGGGUUAAAGAUAUCACAGCUUGUGGAUGUGGAUGAGAAGAACCAGCUGAUGACAACCAACGUGUGGCUGAAACAGGAAUGGAUCGACCACAAACUCUCCUGGAAUCCAGAUGAAUACGGUGGCAUCACUGCUAUCCGGGUCCCCUCUGAGUCUCUGUGGCUUCCAGACAUUGUUUUGUUUGAAAACGCUGACGGACGUUUUGAGGGAUCCCUGAUGACCAAAGCCAUAGUGAAGUACAAUGGAGUGGUGACCUGGACACCACCGGCCAGUUAUAAGAGCUCCUGCACAAUGGAUGUGACCUUCUUCCCCUUCGACAGGCAGAACUGCUCCAUGAAGUUUGGGUCGUGGACAUACGAUGGCAAUAUGGUGGACUUGAUUUUAGUGGAUGAAAAUGUAGACAGGAAAGACUUCUUUGAUAAUGGGGAGUGGGAGAUCUUAAAUGCCAAAGGUAUGAAAGGCAACAGGAGGGAUGGGCUGUACUCUUACCCGUUUGUCACUUACUCCUUUGUGUUGAGGCGCCUUCCACUGUUUUACACUCUUUUCUUAAUAAUCCCUUGCUUGGGCUUGUCUUUUCUAACUGUCCUGGUGUUUUACCUGCCUUCAGAUGAAGGAGAAAAGCUUUCAUUGUCAACAUCAGUUCUAGUCUCCCUCACUGUUUUCCUUUUAGUGAUUGAGGAAAUAAUCCCUUCUUCUUCCAAAGUCAUCCCUCUGAUCGGUGAGUAUCUGCUCUUCAUCAUGAUCUUUGUGACCCUCUCCAUCAUCGUGACUGUGUUUGUUAUCAAUGUCCACCACCGAUCCUCAGCAACUUACCACCCCAUGGCUCCCUGGGUUAAAAGGCUCUUUCUCCAGAAGUUGCCUCGUCUGCUCUGCAUGAAGGGCCAUGUAGAUCGCUACUCCUUCUCAGAGACUGAAGAAAAGGGAACCACCUCGAAAUCAAAGUUUCUGGGGAAGCAGAAGUACAAGCAAGCAAAAGACGGAGAAAAAAUUGUUAUUGCCUUUCUGGAAAAGGCAGCUGACUCCAUUCGGUACAUUUCCAGGCACGUUAAAAAGGAGCACUUCAUCAGACAGGUUGUACAAGACUGGAAAUUUGUCGCUCAAGUCCUGGAUCGGAUCUUCCUGUGGUUAUUUCUGGUGGUGUCAGUGACGGGUUCAGUUCUCAUCUUUACCCCUGCAUUACGGAUGUGGUUGAACAACACUUUGUAGAAAACACUCCUGCAGUAACAUACAGCAAGUACAGAGCCAAGGGAUGGUGGUGCCUUGGAGCCUGGCCUCUGCUGUACAAGAGAGAAAGCAGCAGCAAGAAUGAGGAAUGUGAUGGUAACAGUGGGCAUUUAUCAGGGCUUUUAAUCCUCAUAACUGUACCAGUUAUAGAUUUUGCUGAGAUCAGAGAAGACCUUAGUGCACAGCCAAGGCCUAAAGUGAACUGAGGUUGCACAACUGGAUUUUAAUUAUUUUAUUGUUAGCUUGGUUGUAUUACUAUAAAAGCCAAGAUUAGUAGUUAAAAUUGGAAAUAGAAGUCUCUACUCAGUUCAUCUGUGUUUCCAAGCAAAAACCACUAAGUGUCUAUAGGUUGCUUUAUGUGUAUGUCAGAACUGGCAAUUGCAUCGCAUGUGCAUCAGAAAAGUAUAAAAUCUUCUUAGAUGGGAUGCUCAAAACCUUGACUCUCUAGCCUCACCUUGCAGGAUCAGCUCGACAGGGGCAGAAUCUGCCGCUGUCUACCUGCUACCAGCCUUUAUGGUGUGCACACUUGGUCUCUCACCUCAGCCAUCAGGUAUUGCCCAAUACAAGGUAUUGCCCAAUUUUCAGUAUUAUUUGCAGUUUUGCUUGCUGCUGUGUAAUGUACUAGAAGGCUGACAAAGUGACGAUUUUCCCCCAUGCUGCACAUUUAGAAACUAUUAUUCCUUCACCUGCUUUUUCACAAGUGGAAUAUCACUUACGUGAAGGUGGCUAUGCUCCUCCAUGGGGUAACAGUGACAUUCCUGAAGUGUUCAGCUGGAGGGAAGCAGCAGACAUCUCUUUUGGCAGAUGAAAGUUGUGGCUGUUGCAGGAAUGGUAUUUCUCUUGAGAGCUGUGGGGUGGGUUGGUCACCAGGAAGAUACAUUUUUGGAUGUUGGCUUGUCCGUGUUUCCUAGGCAAUUCAGAAUUUCAUUCCUUUGAUUCAUUUACCAGGGGAUCCUUUUGCAUGAUUAGAAGCAGCUCUUAAAAGUGUUAAAUAAUUGAGAUGUGAUGGAAAACCCUCAGGUAAAACUCUUAAACACAGGAAUAAAGCUCUCACCACAUUUGCUGGGGCAGUAUUUUCCAGCAUGGCGUGCUUGAGAAAAUCCUAUUCAUAACUUGCAAAUAUUUUCAAGAUUAGCAAGGGAUUUGGAGAUCCAAUUUUUGACAAGCUAAAUAUGUGUUAAAGUUUUAGCUAGUCUUGAAACUGUCUCCCUAGAGAUGGAGGUUAGAAAGUGUUAAAAAUACAGAAAGGUGUUCUUGUACUUGGAUUGUGCAUGCCACACCAGACUCCCACGAGUAAUCCUAUCAUGUUGUGUCAAUACAGAAACUUGUGUUCACUUGUGCAAUUAUUAUUAAUAAAGAUUAAGAUUUAAUAAAUGA